AUGACACGCGGGUUCCAGACACUGUGUGUGCUGAGUUUUCUGGUGUCUGCGGCUGCCAGGAAUUGCGCUUCGGGGGACUUUCAGUGUCCACAGGGCACAUGUCUCCCUGCUGACAAUGUGUGUGACUUCACGGACCAGUGUGGGGAUGGCAGUGAUGAGAGAGACUGCUCCCACUUUGAGAGGUGUGACUUUGAGAGGGACCUCUGUAACAUGUCGCAGAAGACAGACAGCCUCACAGCCUGGACCAGAGUAACAGGCCUAAUGAGCACUGGGCCCACCCAUGACCACACAGGCAACAGCACAGCUCAUUACCUGUCUCUGUCACAACAAAAUGGAGGGAUAGGUUUUGCUCGUUUAAGGAGCACAGUGUUCCUUCCGACAAGCUUCUGUCAGUUGACCUUCUACCACUACUUUGGGAGGGUGAUAAUUCAAGGGGAGCUCUUUAAUGUCAACGAUCCCUCAGAGGCACUGGCCAUCGAUGACGUUGCAUUUGGCGAAGGCUGUGUGACAGCCCCUGCGGCGGAGUGUGACUUUGAGUCAGGGCUGUGUGGAUGGCUGGCAGUGGGGACAGAUGGGACAGAGAGGCCCUCAGGCUGGAAGUGGGUGAAGGCUGUGGAUGCUGUCCUCAGUGGCAGUGCACCGUUCGAGGACCACAGCAAUGGAUCCCCGGAAGGUCACUAUCUAUGGGUGCGAGCUGACACUGACCAGCUCCCGGGGACUGUGUUCCUGAGCAGCUCGGUGUUCCACUCAGCAGCACCCUCCUGUGUCCUCCGCUUUCACUACAGCAUCCAGGGCAACAGUACGCUGACUGUGCGGCUGCACACCCGGCUGAUCCAGUUUGAAGGCCACGUCGCGGCCGAUGGUGGGUUCAUCGCCCUGGACAGCUUCCUGUUCUCUGAGUGUGAGGUGGUGCCUGUGCUGCCACCCGACCCCUGCCCUGAGGGCACGUGGGCCUGUGGAGAUGAGAGCUGCGUGCCCAGCUCCGCGCUCUGUGACUACCACCCAGACUGCCGCCGGGGGAUCGAUGAGGAUCGGUUGCUCUGCUUGACGCUGAGGUUCUGGUACCAGAUGUCUGAAGGUGCAGAGCUGGCCCUUUUCACUAGGACAGCCCUGGGUGGAGUUCUGAGGAAACAGGCUGUCAUUAGUCAGCCCAAUGUCAUGGCCGGAUGGAUCAGGGUGGAGGUGGACAUAGAACCGAAGGCCCCUGAGAGCAAGAUUCCUUUCCAGGUCAUUCUCCAGGCCUCUCUAAGUAUAGCUCAUGCCACGGUGGCUUUAGAUGACAUCAGCUUGACACCAGAAUGCCGUCCAGCCAACACCACUCUUCCAGGGACCAGCACGGACACCACAGAACAUGGACCUGUGGUUCUCCUGAGCAAAGACUCCCUUUCUGAUCAGUGGGGCAUGACAGUGGACAGUGAGGGGUGGGCCCGUGUGGCCAGUGUCAUCAAUGAGCCGGCGGCCAUAUUCAGUCUCAUAACCCCGGGCCUGUACCAGGGCCUCGUCGGCUCUGUCUCGCUUCAGUGGACAGUGAGCAGCUCUCUCUAUCUCUGCCACUCCCUCUAUGGCCCUGGCAGGGUGUCUGUGGGGGAGAUUCCAACCCUUGGAGCUGACUCAUUGAGAGCCUCCUUUUGGCUGACCAAAGACAAAUGGUUGCCUGGCUUCACGGCCAUGGAAGCUGUUGGCCUGCCAGGUCACUACAUUCACAGAGUGGAUGAGAACAUCUUUGUUGCCAAGGAUGAUGGCAGUAAAACCUUCAGGGAGAGUGCCACAAACGACAUUGUGACGCCCCCACACCCUCUGUGUCGACCCCCCUCCUUCCUCUGUCAGAGCGGGGAGUGUAUUGAUCAGAGCAAAGUGUGUGACUUCACCGCGCACUGUCCCGGCGGGGAAGAUGAGGCUGAGUGCCCGGUGCGCUGUGACUUUGAGUGGGACUCUUGCGGCUGGUAUGAGUUUGCUCAGGGGGACGGGUUUGACUGGAUCUGGAGCUCUGCUGCAGCGGUGCCUGUGGACUUCCUGGACCAGGUUCCACCACAGGACCACACCACCAACACCUCUGAAGGUCAUUUCAUGUUUGUGUUAAAGAACAGCAGCAGCCUCUCUCAGAAAGCCUUCCUCCGUGGUCCCAAAUAUCAGCAGUCAGCUUCUGGCUGUACCAUGACAUUCUGGCAUUACAACUACGGGCACUCUGUGGGUGCGGCGGACAUGUACCUGCGCAUCGACGGCGUAGAGAACAUCACGGUGCUGUGGCGCACGCUCUACAACCAAGGCGACCGCUGGCACCAGGUGACGGUGCAGCUGGGCCGGAUCACCCAGCCCUUCCAGAUCUCCCUUGCCAAGCUCAGCCUGGGCUUCUUCGAUGGCGUAUCCGCCCUGGAUGACAUCACCUUCCACAACUGCUCCCUGCCCCCGCCGGCCGCCCACUGCCACGGCCACGACCACUUCCACUGCAAGAGGAGCCGGGCUUGCAUCGAUCGGCUGCUGCGCUGCGACCUGGUGGACGACUGCGGGGACGGCUCGGAUGAGGAGGGCUGCUCCCCAGAGUUGAUGUGCAACUUUGAGGAAGGCCUCUGCGACUGGACCCAGGACAAGCAGGACGACGUCUUCGACUGGACCAGGAUCCAGGGCCCCACCCCAACCCUCAACACAGGGCCUUGGAAGGACCACACCCUGGGCAACGUGAACGGGCACUACCUGUUCAUCGAGGCCUCCGCCCCGCAGGAGUUCAAGGACACGGCGGUGCUGGUGAGCCGGAGCUUCCAGCCCACCACGUGGCGUGACCCAGGCAGCCACCCCUGCCUCUUCCGCUUCCACUACCACAUGUUUGGCACGCACGUCUUCAGCCUGGCUGUGUACCUGAGGACCACCGCCAGCAGCAGGGGCCAGCUGCUGUGGGCGCGCUAUGGGGAUCAGGGCAACCUGUGGCACAGGAAGAUACUCUUUCUCAGCAGCAACCGGCCAUUCCAGGUUUUGGUGGAGGGAACAGUGGGGGAUGACUUCAACGGAGAUAUUGCCAUCGACGAUUUGUCCUUCCUGGAUUGUGUCCCUUAUGAUGGGGAUCUUCCAUCAGAGGUCCCCACGACUCCGCCGGGAGUCGUCACCCCACCCACGAUAUUCCCCAACAGCUGCUUGGAAGGAGAGAUGGUUUGCGGUGUGUCAGGGGAGUGCGUGGACUGGAAGAAGAGAUGUGACUUCCGUCAGGACUGUUCUGAGGGAUCUGAUGAACUCUACUGUGUGAGUGAGGUGUGUGAUUUUGAAGGGGGCAACAAGUGUGGCUGGUACCAGAACUGGUCCUCCCCUUCCCUCCCGGGCCACGCCUUCCGCUGGUUCACAGGACAGGGCAAAUCUAUCCACCAUGGAGAGGAAUACCACCGGCCCGCAACAGACCACACUCAUGGCACCGUGGAAGGCUGGUACAUGUAUGCCGACAGCUCAAACGGAGGCUAUGGCCACACCACCGACCUCGUCACCCCUGUCAUCUCUGCCACAGGGCCCCAGUGCACCCUGGUCUUCUGGUACCACAUGAGCGGGUUCACUGUGGGGACGCUACAGGUGCUCAUCAAGUUUGGAAAUGUCACCCAUGAACUGUGGUCCCAGAGUGGCAGCCAGGGCUACAGGUGGAGGAGAGGAGAAGUCUUCCUGGGAAUCCGCUACAACUUCCAGAUCAUUCUGCGGGCAAAGCGAGGCAUCAGCUACAUGGGGGACGUGGUGGUGGACGACGUGUCCUUCCAAAACUGUGCACCCCUGCUGCCACCAGAUAGACCCUGUGGGGUGGAGGAGUACACCUGUGCCAACAAGUACUGCAUACCCAAGGACAGCCUGUGUGACUUCAUCGAUGACUGCGGAGACUGGUCUGAUGAGAACCCUUACAUCUGCAAGGGCUUCGAAGGCCGCUGCAACUUCGAGUUUGACCUUUGCUUGUGGCGGCAGUGCACGCAGGACGAUUUUGAUUGGCUGAUCAAGGCCGGGAGCACCCCGACGGGUGGCACAGGCCCGUCCACAGACCACACGCUGAGGGACCCCUCCGGACACUACAUCUACUUGGAGAGCUCGUUUCCCCAGGCGACGGGCAACACUGCUCGCAUCUCCGGCCCCACCUUCAGUCGGCAGAGCAAACAAUGCAAGAUGAUCUUCUAUGUGCACAUGUCCGGGGACAGCAUCGGCGCACUGAACAUCUUCCAGGUGACCGGCUCCCAGCACCUCCUCCUUCUCAAUCUGACCGGAGACCAGGGCAACUACUGGCAGCGCCGUGAGGUCAGCCUGGUUGCCACAGAGGACUUCCAUGUCACGUUCGAGGGCAAGAUCGGCAAGGGCACCAAGGGCGACAUCUGCCUGGAUGACAUCACCUUCACGAGCGGCUGUCUGCUGUCCUCGUCCCUGACGCCUUUGGAGCCAACAGGGCCACCCCCUUCAGGCUCAUGCCCGCGAGGUUACCUGGAGUGUGCGAACGGGAAGUGCUUCCACCCGAAGCAGAGCUGCGACUUCGUGGAUGACUGUGGGGAUGCGACGGACGAGAGGGACUGUGGAACAUCCUGCACCUUCGAGACGGGCCGCUGCGGCUGGAAGAACUCGCUGGCAGACAAUUUCGACUGGACCCUGGGGACGGGCUCCGUGCAGAGCUUCAGGCCCCACUUCGACCACACUUUGGAGAGCGGGGACGGGCACUUUGUGUAUCUGGAGGCCACGCCUGUGGGGUUCAAAGGUGACAAAGCGCACAUGAGGAGCUCAGUGUGGAAGGAGUCCAGUACCACCUGCCAGCUAAGCUUCUGGUACUACAUCUCCUCCAAAGCCACCGGCAUCAUUCGCCUUCUUGCCAAGACGGACAGUGGUUUAACUGAGGUUUGGAACAAGACCGGGGACCAGGGGGAGCGUUGGAACAAGGCAGAGGUGCCCCUGAGGAAGAUGAGGAACUUUCAGUUGAUCUUUGAAGGGAUCCGGGCGCGGGACGUCAGCGGGGGCGCUGCUCUGGAUGACCUCCAGUUCUCCAACUGUGCACCUAGCUCGGAGCUUCCAGCAUCCUGUCCGGCACCCACAGACUUUGUGUGCCAAAACGGCGACUGCAUCGAGUCCCACCUGCUGUGUGACAGCAAGGCUGACUGUGCAGAUGAGUCGGACGAGAUUGACUGCAGUCACAUCCUGGGCAUCCCUGGCGCCUGCAACUUCAACAUGCCCGAGUACGAGUCCUGGGAGAACACCUGCCAGCUGACUCAGAAUGACAAUGAUGACUUCGACUGGAAAAUCGGCAGCACCAGAGUGACCCCAGGAACGGGACCACCGGCAGACCACAGCCAAGGGGGAAAAGGCCAAUUCCUGUACGCGUACUCUGCCGUGCAGAGAGAGGGUGACAUCACGGCAAUCACCACCAGCACACCCUUCCCAGCAAGCAUUGGAGUGUGUCAUCUCCGCUUCUGGUACUACAUGUAUGGCUCUCACCGGAUGGGCUCCCUGAAGGUGUACACGGUCGGGGAGAGUGGGACCAACCUGCUGAUGUGGGCUGUUACUGGUAACCAGGGUGACAAAUGGAACUAUGCCAACGUCGUCCUCUCCAACAACGGGCCUUUCCGCGUGACCUUUGAGGCAGAGGUCGGUGGGGAUGUGCGGACAGAUAUUGCUCUGGACGACAUUUCUUUCACUGCAGAAUGCGUGGUGGGAGGCCCAGUGACCCCUGAGCCCCCCACCUGCGGAGGGGACACGUUCCAGUGUACACAUGCAUUCCAGUGCAUCCCUGUGAGCUGGCUGUGUGACGGGGAGGCUGACUGCAAUGACAUGUCUGACGAGGAGCAGUGCCCAACCAGGGUCCCCGGCACACUGCCCCCUCAGACGCAGUGUGGGGAAGGCUAUUUCCAGUGCUGUAGCGGCAACUGUAUCUCCUCCCUGCUGCGCUGUGACGGGGUGCCCGACUGCUACGCUGGAGAGGAUGAAUUCGGCUGCCCUCUGCUGCACUGUGCUGACGGGGCUUUGACGUGUGAGAGGACAGCCAGCUGCAUCCCACGCACGCAGCGCUGUGACGGUGUCGUCGACUGCCCGUCCUUCCGGCCGGACGAGUCCAGCUGCCACGAAUGCCCUUCAAGAUACUGUAAGAAUGGAGGGGUGUGCCAUUUGAAGAAGCAGGGGCCUGUCUGCAGGUGUAGCAGAGGCUGGAGAGGCAACCGCUGCCAUAUUAGAGCAAAGCCUACAUCCCCCACAUCUUCCCCUGAACCUGAGGACACAGGACUAGAGGCUUUAUAUGCUGUCCUGGGGGUGGGACUGCUGUUCUUGGUGUUAGGAAUCAUCAUCGCCAUCCUCAUGUUUUUCAAAUGGAAGCCUUCCUGCAUAUCCGAUGAAAUGGACCGUGGAGUGAUGGAUAACCCGGCCUUUGACUUUUAUGACUGGGGAGCAGAACUCCCUACGAUUGACAAGGGGCCUCGGGCCUCCAUCAGUGUCUACCCCUGGAGGAAUGAGGCGGAGGGCCUGGACAUGAGAGGUGCCAAGCUCUCCUUCACCAACCCGCUAUACCAUUUCCCCACAGGAGCGACAGGGACGGAAGCAGGAGCUCCGUAG